CAGACUGGAUUUUAGUUUCCAUUAGUGGGAGAGGACAGCAUCGUCUGGCAGAGACCACAGCCGUUGUGUCUUUACACGGGCUUUAAAUCGGUAAAACGGGUGGAGAGUUGAAGCUCUGAUGUGAGUCUAGGUGGCGUUUUCCAUCUGUGAGCGUCCAGCGGAUCGGGAGCUCCGUGUGGACUCAGAAAAUAAGUCGACCGCCUGCAUGGACAUAUUUUCACAGCUGGAGAAUUGAUCAGCGAUUAAAGCUCUUUUGUGAAUUCUCCACUCAUCUCUCUUUUGUUUUUGUUUUUUUUUUAAACCAAAUAUCACCGGAAUUCUGUGGAGCAUCCGAGGGGUAGACGAUCCAUGAACCCGGGCAGCGAUCCUCACCUCCCGGGCUGGAGAAGAGCCAGCAGGUCGGUUCAAGAUCGGCUGUUUGAGGUUCAAUAAUAGUGAAUAUUCCGAGGGAAAUCCCUGCCUGUUUUAGCGUGUGGGAUUAAACAGGAUGUGGGGACAAACAGUGGAUCAGACCGACCCCAUCACCAUCAUCGCAGCAACUGUGGCCGGGAUGACGGGACAUGAGGUGAGGGUUUAAGUUACUGACGUCUAAAUGUCCCGGCUCCCGUCACAGAAAGGUGAGAUCGAGGCACAUAAACACUCAGACCUCCACCUGUGUCCACCGACAUGGAUAAACUCACCGUGAUAUCAGGAUGCCUCUUCCUCGCUGCAGACAUCUUCGCCAUCGCCAGCAUCGCCAACCCGGACUGGAUCAACACUGGAGAAUCAGCCGGCUCUCUGACUGUGGGUCUGGUCCGGCAGUGCCAGACCAUCCACGGUCGAGACCGGAUCUGCAUCCCACCACAGCUGCCCCCAGAGUGGAUCACCACGCUCUUCUUCAUCAUACUGGGCAUCAUCUCCCUCACCGUCACCUGCGGUCUACUGGUGAUGUCACACUGGCGCCGCGAGGCCACCCGAUACGCCCGGUGGAUCGCUUUCACAGGGAUGGUCCUGUUCUGUAUGGCGGCUCUCAUAUUCCCAAUCGGCUUCUACAUCAGCGAGGUUGGUGGUCAGCCAUAUAAGCUGCCCAACAACACCGUGGUGGGCUCCUCCUACGUACUCUUCGUUCUGUCCAUAUUCUUCACCAUCGUGGGUCUGCUGUUCGCUGGGAAGGUGUGCUUGCCUGGCUGAUAUAACCCCCUUCCUCUUUUGUUUUUUUGUUUUUGUUUUUGUACCUUUGGAGAAACACCACCACUGGAGAUAAAUUUCAUUAGAACUGACUUCUCCGCGGCAGUGCAGGAAGUAUCGCUGAUGUACAACAAAACUGAGAGGCGUCUGACUGUGUUUUUCCUCUUGGAUGAAUCGUCGCGAUGCUUGUAACUGGAGCUGGAAUAGGUGCGACCCAGAGAAAGAGCAGGCGCAGAGAGCCCAUCUUCAUCCGUCCUGAACAAUAAGCGAGAAGUGGUGAACAGUCAGGGGAAUAUUAAAAAACUACCUGAUGAAAACGGAUUAAAACAUCAGGACUUUUAAGGGAGCUCUGUGGUAUUAUCCGUCAUUUUAAGAAUCAAUGAUAGGUGAUGAAUAAGCCCUGCUCUUCUCAUCCCACCCACUGAGGUGUGCAUAUUGAGAUGAGACUGAUUAGUCAGGCCUGACACUGGCCAAAGUGCCAAAUAUCAGCCAGUCACCUCCAUUAUGAUGGAGGUUUCUCCCUGACCACAGCUACAUGGAACAAUCUGUAAUAUAUACGAUGACGUUUCAUUUGGUUGGCACAAUUUAUUUAUUUGUUUAAUUGUUCAGUUACGUCUUUUGUAAAGGUAUCUUUUAUUUGGUGGAUCACCUUGCCUUAAAGAGCUGUUAACCUUAAAACAAUGUUGUUGAGGUUGUCAUGGGAUCAAAUCUAAAAUUCUGGACGCGUGGAACUAGAAUAUAAAAUGGGCUGUCACAACAACUGGUGCUGCAUCAUUCUGAAACUUGUCGACUGAAGCUUCAGCAGUUAGGAUCAGUGGUGAGCACCAGAGAAAGACUGACAUCAGCAGGUCUCUGUUACAGCUUUGCUAUUUUUAGUGAUGUAGUGAAUGUAUUAUUCACCUUUUUGAGCGUUUCCUGUUGUUUAAACACUGUAUCAAGAAAUGACUGAAUCUAUGACUAGUUUGUUUUAUACAGUUGGUACGUUGAUGCCCACUUCAUAAGAACAGUCAGCCAGUCUGUGCCAUUUUCUAGAAGCACUGUGAUGUUCGUGAAUGAGCAUGGAAGAUCUCAUCUCAUUAAAAAUGAUGCA